GUGACUAUGGGCAUCGCAUGGGUUUUAGUGUGCGAAGAGGAAAGCAGUAUUACUGGUUGGGGACCAAAAAUGUUCGCUCAAAGGACUAUUAUUGCUCAAAAGAAGGGUUUAAGAAUGAUGAAUAUCCUAAUGAGUCAAGUUAUAACAAGCUAGAUACAAGAACUGGUUGCAAAGCAAUGAUCCGCUUUACAGUUGAUGAGGAUGGGCAAUGGAAGGUGACAAAGUUGGUCGAUGAGCAUAAUCAUGACUUGGCCAAGCCCGAAGAAAGGCAUUUGUUGAGAUCUAUGCGGUCUACAGGUGCAAAAGGUAGUGUACUAGAUCCAAUGGUGAAUGCUGGAAUUCGAACAAUCAAUGCAUAUUCCUAUAUGGUUGAAGAAGGUGGUGGUGCUGAAAAUUUAGCAGGAGAUCUUCAAAGUUUAGUAAGCCAUUUCAAGCGUAGAGCUAAUCAGGAAGGCAUGUUUUAUUGGGAUAUGCAACUUGAUCAAGAGGGUCGGGCUUGCAAUUUUUUUUGGAGGGAUGGUAGAUCGAGAGUUGAUUAUGAUUGUUUUGGUGAUGUUGUUGUGUUUAACACUACUUAUCGCACAAACAGAUAUAAUCGUAUCUGUGUACCUUUUAUUGGAGUUAAUCAUCAUUGGCAGAACGUGAUAUUUGGAUGUGCAUUCCUGUUAGAUGAGACAGCAUCAUCCUUUAUAUGGCUUUUUAAGUCUUUCUUGAAAUCAAUGGGCGAUCAACCUCCUAAAACUAUUUUUACUGAUCAAAAUCAAGCCAUCACAAAUGCAAUUACGGAGGUAUUUCCCAAUACACGACAUCGUCUAUGCUUGUGGCACAUUUAUAAGAAUGCUCCCUCUUAUUUGGGUAAUCUCAAUUUUGAUCAGAAUUUUCAUAAAUUGUUUAACAAAUGUUUACAAGGGUGUGAUUCUGAAGAAGAGUUUGAAGAAACAUGGGGCAAGAUGAUUUCUAAGUACAAUGUUCAAGACCACGAAUGGCUUAAUAAUUUGUACAAGAUCCGUCAGAAGUGGUGUACAGCUCUUAACAAAGACACUUUCGAUGGUGGGAUUAAAUCCUCUCAAAGGAGUGAGUCGACAAACAAUGUUUUGCAUGGAAUAGCCGACAAGUCAACUUCUCUUAUAAAAUUUGUAGUUGCAUUUGAGAAAUUGGUUAAUGGUUGGCGAAAAAAUGAAUCAGAGGAGGACUUUCGUUGUAAUCAGGGUGCUCCUACUCGUAUUAUUAAGCAUAGUGAAAUACUGAAGCAUGCUUCCAAAAUGUUUACACACAAGAUUUACAAAUUAUUUGAGAAAGAGUAUCUUGAUGGGUGUGGCGCAACAUCAUCAUCCCAAGAAAUUUCACUUGGUGAUACUUUAUACAAAUUUGAGUUGACAAUGCAAGGAAGGGGUUCAAAAGUCUGGACAGUCACCCUUGACACAUCUACAAUGGAGGUCAGUUGCAGUUGUAGAAAAUUCGAGACUAUGGGUCUACUUUGCUCACAUGCACUAAAAGCAUUUAAUAUUAAGAAUGUGCAAAGAAUCCCGGAAAGGUAUAUUUUGAAAAGGUGGACAAAAGAUGCAAAAAAAAGAGUGUAUAGUUUCGAUGAAGAGGGGUCAUCAAAAAAGAAGUGCACUGAGGCUGAGUUAACAUAUCAUAAUCAAGCAAUGCGAUAUGCUUAUAACCUUGUCAUGAAAAGCCAAGGAUAUGAGGGAGCUAGGAAAAUUCUAUGGGAUACUUUUGAUCUUGCCAAUGCAGAACUGGAAAAAUUCUUUGCUAAGUUAAGCGUGGAUGCCCAUUCAACAGUCAAAGAUAAUCAAGCAAAUGAUAAUGAUAAGGAGGCUGAAAUGGUUGAUGAUGAUGAUGACGACGAUGAUGAAUACCCUAUGUUAGACCCUACUAGCGUGAGAACUGAAGGGAGAUCCACAAAGAGGCUUAAUGAGCAUUCUGAAAAGCAGAAGAAAGGUUCAUCAAGAAGGGAGAAGAGAAAAGCUAUGGAAAAUACUACCAAAGAUGGCAGCCAACGCCUUCGCUGCUUAUUCCCUGCCCCGCCCAGCCAUUUUCCAUUUGCAAACCCAUUUGCAUCUUCAAACUUUUAUCAAGUGCAGCCUACAAAUUUAGGGUCCACAAGUAAUUUUUACAUGCAUAGUUAUACUUUACCAAUGCCUUCACAGAGUUCUAAAGUUACUUGGGGCAUGCAUGGGUCAAAUAUUCCAUUUACAAGUGUGGUACAAGGUGUUAAUUUUGCAAAUAAUCCGAACCAGGAUAUGUCAAGCCAUGCACGGAAGCAUAGAUCUGAAACGAGCCAGCCACCUGUUGGAAAGUCUGCUGCAUCACGGGAGGAGACAGAUUCUGAGCACCAGAGAGGGACAUCAUCAAGAGAAGCAUAAGAACUGAAUACAUGUAGUUGAUUUUGAGUAGUUUCUAAUCAUGUGGAAUUAUGAGUAGGUGCUUAUCAUGUGUAAUUUUUGACAUGUAAUUUUUAUCAACUGUAUGUAGCGCACUCCAGCAAAAAUGAUUUUCUCUGGAUGGUACUUUUCUUCCUGCA